AUGAAACUAUGGUCGAGCAGCUGCUUCAAUUCAACUUCAUUUUGUUUAUGGCUUGCUACCUAUCGGUUCUUGUCCUAUCUGUUUGAUCAAGUUCAAUUUUAUUCCCAUAGUUCAGUGUUGGAAUUUUGAGAUAUGUGUUUGAAAUGGAUAAAACUGGUUCUAUUCGAAAAAGACUGAUUAUCACGUAAUGUACAUUGUGAUAUAACAUGUGUUGUUAGGUUAUUAUAAUUGGUGUUGUAAAUGAUUGAUGUAACAAACCAGUGUUCAGCAAGAUGGACGAAUUGUCUAAGGGCAUGACACAAACAGGAAGCGCCGCUACAACUGAAGAAAUUGAACAUAAUAAUGAUGGCGUAAAGCGUAGUCCACGGCUCGCACGCCAACUAUGCUAGCGUUGGUAGAUCAACUACGGGCAUACUUUGGUGGAGGAUGCUCUCCGUGGCCAGUAGUGUAUGUGAGCGAGUCGUGCCUGGGGUGCGAGCGCGUGCGCGCCGCGUGCGAGCGGCUGGGCCCGGUGCAGCAGGCGCCGGCGCCCGACGCGCUGUCGCAGCCGCCGCAGACGCUCUCCUACUUCAUCACCAAACCCUUCGAGGGAGAACUCUUCGAUGCAGCACAUAGAGCCAAAUACAGGGUCCUGGGCCCGACCGCGGUGCUGCAGCUCGCGGAGCGCGAGGAGCCGCCGCCGUCCAACGCGCGCCCUCUCUACUCGCUCGCCAUGCGCGGCGCGGUCAUAUGCUUUUCCGGCUUCCGAAAAAAAGAUGAACUCACGUACCUGAUAACGCUUAUACACUAUAUGGGAGGGUCGAUCCGCAAAGACAUGUCGAGCAAAGUGACGCACCUGAUCGCGGCGGCCGCCACGGGCGACAAGUACCGAUACGCGUCGGGCUUCGGGCUGCCCGUGCUGGCGCGCUCCUGGGUCGACGAGUGUUGGCGCCGGCGCGACGACCCUGCCUGCCUCGCUACGCACGACACCGUCAUAAAAGAGCACAAAUUGAAAGUGUUCGCGGGCGCGCGCGUGUGCUUCGUGGGGUUCCCCGAGGACGAGACGCAGCACAUGGGCGACGUGCUCGCCAGCAACGGCGGCGCCGCCUGCCCGCUCGACGACCCCGACUGCACGCACGUCGUAAUGGCCAAUGGGAAGACUUUCGGUCGUUCGCUUAUCCUAUCACCCCAACCCAGUACUCCUAACAUUUCCUCGAAGCCCGCUCGUGCAUCACCCAACUCUCAGAGUACUCCGAAGAGCUCAAUUUACCGUAGACUUUCCGCGCGGCUAUCGGGGCGGCGCGCCAGCGGUACGCCGACCAAGCCCGGCGCCGAGUCGUCCGACGAGGCCGAGCGCCGGCUGCAGCUCGCGCGCGCGCCGCUCCGAGCUGGCCGCGACUGUCCGGACUCCGACACUGCCGCUUACUCGACCAGACUCGAUCGAGUAGACCCCGCCGAUAGUAACUCCGAUACCUCGCCACAUAUGCAGAACAAAGAGAACAAGCAUGCGUCGCAAACGAUACAAGGCGCCGUCAGAUUGAACGCCAAAGAUAAGAGAGAGGUGUUUAGAAAUAAGUCAAUUAACAAGUUUAAUCUAGUAGAUUGCCUCACGGAGGCGGGGUCUCUACAUUCUUCUCUUACAAAGAGUUUAUGUGAUUUAGAUUGUAAAGAAGAACCCGCUUUUUUACUUCCUAUUUCUACAGGAAGCAAUGAGUUGCAGCAUUCGACAACUACAAUCAGUUCUGGAAAAAAGAGAAGUCGAAAUUCCACAGAUUCUAGCUUUCAAGUGAGCCCCGUCGACGCCAACCUUUCUCCGGAUAAGUGUGAAGAUAGCCAUUGGAAAUCUAUUAAGAGGCUUAAAAUAAAAGAUUCAUUUAAGUUUAAAAAUCGACCAACAAUUUUCAAACGUACAAAAAAAGAUUCAGUAUCCAAAACGACAGGCGACAUUACUAUAGAACCAGUAAGUCCGGACAGUGUAAAACCAACUGACCCUGCAGGCGAAUUCGUUGCGUCCACUUCAUCCCCCAUCAGAGAGGACGAUAACACGUCGAUCUGCUCGAUAAACACUAGUAAGCAAUCCGGUUUCUUUGAUAUUUCGUUCGCAUCAAUACGCAGUUCCAAAACAGUUAAAUCAGCCUCAAAGUUACGGAGGAGUGUCAAGUCAUUCACUGCAUCUUUUAGAAGUGAGAGAAAAAAGAAAUAUGAGAAAAGGCCUGAACGAAAUACUGUAGAAGUAAGCGCUUGCGACCUCGUAAAUUAUGUAUCGACACCAAAUAAAGAUAUCGACGAUAUGAACUUAGAUAUAUCUCCUGUCCAAGUUGACACAAUAGAUAGCACGGACAUGACCAACCACGUAAAAAACGACAUAGAUGUCGACGAGUUAGACGAAUCAGUGACAUUUAAAACGCCACAGAGCGUAGGGCUGCGCGCACAUAGGCACUCCAUCUGUGGCGCACCCGAGCUGCGGCCCGCGAGCGUCUCCUCCCACGCGUCCUCCAGCUCCGGUCCCGCGCCCCUACCGGCUCCUGUGUCCGCUCUCGCUCCCUUCACUUGUCGACCCCUCCGCGACCAGCUGCCGCUCGCCUCGACGCCUCCCAUCCGUGACGUCCGCGCCAUAUCGCAAUGCCAUGGAAUAUCGUUGCCGGUGGUCGAUGAACACAACACAGCUGUCGCGCCGGAGUGUUGGCCGCGCGUGCACGUUGUCAAAGCCGAAUGGUUCUGGGCUUCGGUACAGAAUGAAGAAGCGCAGGAUGAAAGGGAUUACCUUUUCAAAGAUUACCUGGACGAAGUGUCUCGGAGGUCGUCGGUGGGUGGCGUGGCCGGCGCGAGCGGCGGCGCGGACGAGGUGGGCGGCGCGGCGGGCAGCACGCCGGCGCACCUGCAGCGCCAGCGCAAGCGCAAGCUGCGCGGCGGGGAUGCCGCGCUGCAGAAGCGACGCUCGUCGCUCAGCGACACGGUGCUCAGCCUGUCCGGCAACAUGCUGCUCGACUACACGCCCUCACCCGACAGCAAACAGUUGCUAGAAGAAUCUGAAGUGCCUGACAAUGUAGUUCGGAAACUAAUGUCCCCUAGGCAGCAAGUGUUUAUGGAACUUCUUCAAACAGAAUCCAAUUAUGUUGGGAUUUUGCAUACAAUUGUAACUAUGUUUAAGCAACCUUUGGAGGACAUGGCUGAAGAGGACAAUAGCAAUGGCAAAAUGGCAUUGCUUAACAAUACAGAACUAAAAAUUAUAUUUGGAAAUUUACCGCCUAUAUAUGAACUCCACCAGGGAAUGCUGGAGGAGCUGCGUUACACGCAGGCGCACUGGAGCGAGGAGGUGAGCAUCGGCCGCCUCAUGCUCAAGUACACGCCGGACAUGGUCAAGGCGUACCCGCCCUUCGUCAACUUCUUCGAGAACACCAAGGAAAUGCUGCAACAGUGCGACCGUGAGAACCCUAGAUUUCAUGCAUUCUUGAAAAUUUGUCAGACCAAACCAGAGUGUGGCAGGCAAAGUUUACAAGAACUUUUAAUAAGACCAGUUCAGCGAUUACCCAGUAUUAGGUUACUACUUGAUGAUAUCCUUAAGCACACGCACAAGAACAACCCGGACCACGGCGCGCUGGUGGCGGCGCUCGCGGGGCUGCGCGAGGUCAUGUCGCACAUCAACGAGGACAAGCGCAAGACGGAGGGCCAGCUGCAGAUGUUCGACAUCUACAACGACAUUGACCAGUGUCCGGCGCAUUUGGUAUCAUCGCAUCGAUCGUUCAUAGCUCGCUGCGAAGUAGUCGAACUAUCGAAAGAGCUUUCCGGUCGAGGUGAUCAUCUCGUACUGUUCCUAUUUACUGACACUAUGGAAGUUUGCAAGAAACGAUCAAAAGCCUUCAAUAGUAAGAGUCCGACGAACGGUACGAGUACAAUGCGACUAGGCUCGAGCAAGCCGUACAGGCACAUCUCCCUUAUGCCGCUGAGCACCGUAAAGCGUGUCGUCGACAUUCGAGAGGCAGAAGAUUGUCACAACGUGUUCGCGCUGAUGUGCCGGAGCAACCAGGAGCUGAAGGAGAAGCUGUACUCGUUCAUGAUCACGGACGACGCGGUGGACAAGUCGCACUUCCUGCGCCAGCUGUGCCGGCAGAUGGCCAACACUGUCUGCAAAGCUGACGCUGACAAGUUCCUGGCGACGCUGGAGUCUCACCAGCUCGACAUCGACACCAGCGACCUGGCGCUCAGCACGCUUUCCAAAGUCACCAAAUUCGCCGCCCGCACCAGGAUAAAGCUGGAGACGCUGGCCGGGCUGGGCGGCUGGCUGCGCGAGCCGGGCGGGCCGGGCGGGCUGCUAGACACAUGGGUAUUGCGCGCUCACUUACUCGCACAGGUGGGCCGCGCGUUGUCGUUCAACAAGACGCCGUCGAAGUUGAAGCGCGCCAUGUCGUCCAUGAUCUCCCCGUUCGGCUCGCAGGCCAACCUCACGCCCGCCUCGCAGCUCGCGCAGAUGCGCCUCGCGAGCUGCAAUAACAUCAACGAGAUGGGCACGAGCAGCGGCGCCGGCGGCGGCGGGUCGGGCGGCGGCGAGGUGCUGGUGGCGCCGCUGUCGGUGCAGCCGACGCGCAAGGCCGCGGCCGGCGCGGCGGCCGCGCUGCGCCGCUUCUGACGGCGCACCGCGCGCCGCGCCUGACUCGCGCCCGACCCGCUUCCGGCUCCGGCUUCUAAAUGUUGUUGAACUCGCCGUACGGAGAGCACCUGCACGCGGUUCACACUCGUCAUUAUACUGACGGUAGG